AUGGAUUCUUCUACUACUCCAGAUGGCGCGCCAAUAGGUCGUCGCUCCACAGCCAUCACGUCGCCGACAGACGCGAGCCACAAUUCACGCGAUGCUUCUACUAGUCGUCCCGGCGAUGGCUUGGGGGAGAGCUAUCAAUCCACCGAUACAGUACGCCACCGGCCAGAAGGCGCUGGAUACGGAACCAUUAGCAACUCGGCUACUGCGAGUAGCAGCCACGCGCAAGCCGAAUCAUCGCAAGACCGACCCCCUCCCAAAGGCACGCCGCUGCCGGCUCGCGCAGGUUUGAAGCCCCCCCACAGAGUCAAGUCGAUCCCUCGGUUGCGGAAGCCGCCGUUGUCGCGAAGGACCUCGUCCAACACGCCGCACCGAGGAGGCGUCUUCUCCGCAGACGACGAUACCCACGAGGUCGAGGCUGACGCCGCUGAGCGCCAAGGCAUUUCCUCCCGUCGAAGGUCUCAGCAGCCCAUCUCCCUUUCGCGAAUACAGUCGUGUCGCGGCGAUGAGGAGGACAAGACAGACUCCCAAGGAGGUAUCCCCACCACCACCACCGAGGAAGAUGAGGAACAAGUCGUUAGCGACGACUUGUCGUUGCAGGAGAAUGAUGACGGCGACUCGGAAGGCGAGAUGAGCGAGGCCGAGAGCUUCACCCUCAAGGACAGGCAGCAGGCAAUCAACCAGACGCACCCGUUUGGCAUCAGAGUCUGGAAGCCUGCGUUGUACAAGAAGGACCGGUCCAUUCAAAAGUUUGCCCAGGCAGACAUCCACUCCUCACCAGGUGGCCGCGUGAGCAAGUGGCUCGUUGUGUUCAACCUCUUGUGGACCUUGAUCUUUGGUUGGUGGAUGGCCUGCUUGGCGGCGCUUGGUGCGGUCGUCUGCCUGCUGUUCGCGGCCGCUCCGAGCGGCAGGGAGUACGGCCGAGUCCUCUGGGGCCUGUCCGGCUAUCUGUUCUAUCCCUUUGGCAAGUUUGUGCGGCUGGAGAAGGAUGAGGCGUACCUGCAUGAGGAUCAGGACGAAGGGCGCAGCAUGGCCGAGUAUGAGCAGUGGCAGAAUGGCGACUUGGAGUACGGGCGACUCUUCUUUGGCCCGGACCGCAACCGAUCCAUUGUCGGACGGUCUCGGCGCAGCAUCGACUCGGAGCGCAGCGAGGCGGAGAGCCUCCUGGGUAGGGGACGCCGGGGUGGAAAUCGCGACAUGCAUCACACCCGACAUCCCCGACUGAAGAGGCGCAUGUUUGGCCGAGGCGAGUGGAACAUUGGGCGCGUCAUCUUCUUCGUCUUCUUCUAUUGCCUGAUUUCUCCCUCCCUCAUCGCCACGUCGGCCAUCUGCUGGCUCCUGGUCUUUUGGAUUCCCAUGGGCAAGGUUACCAUUCUCCUGUUUGACCAUUUGCGCCGCCACCCCCUUGCGCUCUCGUUCGAGUCUCACCUGGACUACAUACGCAGCGACGAGACGGUCGAUUCGUCCAUCCUAGUCUGCACCUAUCGAGCCGUGGGGUCCAAGUACUGGAAAUACACUGUCGACGGCACCAACAUCUUCCUCAUCAACCUCACGGCCGUCGUGUGCUUCGUCAUCUUUGACUGGGCCGUGUUGGAGCGCACGUUGCACUGGCAAGGUUUCAUGACCUCACCCGCCUUCCUCUUCACUGCCGGCCUCUUGUCCAUCAUUCCGCUGGCCUACUUUAUCGGCCAGGCAGUGGCGUCCAUAUCGGCCCAGUCGUCCAUGGGUCUGGGAGCUGCCGUCAACGCUUUUUUCGCCACCGUCGUCGAGGUGUAUCUCUACUGCGUCGCUCUGAGCCAAGGAAAGGGGCAGCUUGUCGAGGGCAGCAUCGUCGGGAGCAUUUUCGCCGGCAUCCUGUUUCUGCCGGGCAUUUCCAUGUGCUUUGGCGCCCUGAAGCGCAAGACCCAGAGGUUCAACGCCAGGUCUGCGGGCGUGACCUCCACCAUGCUGCUCUUUGCCGUCGUCGGUGCUUUUGGCCCGACCUUGUUUUACCAAAUCUACGGCACCCACGAGCUGAGCUGUACGGGCUGCGAAGACUCGGGCCCUGGUGGAGCUGGAGCUGGAGCUGGAGCUGGCAGCAGCCUCGGCGGUGACUACCGCGACUGCCGCCGGUGCUACUUUUCUCAAGCUCCGGCGCUCGACGAUCGCUUCUACCUGGAAGCCGUGCGACCUUACUGCUAUCUGGCGGCCGCAAUGCUCUUCUUCUCGUACCUCAUCGGCCUCUGGUUCACCCUGCGAACGCACGCCGCCGUCAUUUGGAAUGCAGAAGUCGAGGAGAAGCGGCAAGAAGAGCAGCUCCACUCGUCCGUCGUCAGAAGCUCGCAACCCUCGGCCGCCGAGACCACGGCAACCGACAUUCGCGAGUCUCACCUCUACAAGCGCAUCCUGGGGCAGUCUCUCAAGCAAGUCGGACUGCAGCCACGCUCCGAGGAAGUCAGUCGGCAGACUUCUGUGGUCAACCAAGACGCGAGCACCAACGGCAUGCCUGCGACGCCCCACGUGGUCCCCCCCAAAGGUGGCGGAGACUGCCUCCGGUCGACCAUCAAUGUUCCAGGCCUCAGCCAGGCGGACAACACCCUGCUCGCGCGCGAAGUCGCCCAGAUUGCUGCCGCCACGGCCGCCACGGCCGCCACACUGGCGACUCGAGAACGAGACCGAGAACGAGACCGGCUACGGAAGCUAUCCGCCACCCCCGGGCACCACGGAAGCAUCCGCCACCACGCUCCUCACGCGGACGACGCCGCCACGGCAGGCGGAGAGACGGCAACGGCUCACGCCGGGGGUCACGGUGGACACGACGCGCCAAACUGGGGACGGGCCAAGAGUGCGAUUAUCCUCUUGGGUGCCACGGUCCUGUAUGCCGUCAUUGCCGAGAUUUUGGUGGACACGGUGGACGUUGUGCUGGAGAGUUUCUCGAUUGACCAAAAGUUCCUCGGAAUCACCUUGUUUGCUCUAGUCCCCAACACGACGGAGUUUUUGAACGCCAUCUCCUUUGCCAUGAACGGCAACAUUGCUCUCUCCAUGGAAAUCGGCUCGGCCUACGCGCUGCAGGUCUGCCUGCUGCAGAUCCCCGCCCUGGUUCUCUUCUCGGCCCUGUGGCCCAACGUGCCGAGCGGCGGCGACCCGAGCAACUACACCUUUUCGCUGCUGUUCCCGCAGUGGGACAUGGUGACUGUGAUUUUGUGCGUCUUCUUGCUGAGCUACGUCUACGGCGAAGGCAAGAGCAACUACUUCAAGGGCAGCAUUCUCGUCUUGACGUACUUUGUCGUCGUGAUAGGCUUCUACUUUAGCGGGUUUACGACUGCCGUCAUGGGGCUGCAGCGGUUUGACGUAAUGGGGUCUGAUGGAGAGUACCAGAGUUUCAAGACGAUUGGGCAACUGAGCAGCGGGCGGGCCUACCAAGUGUGA